AUGGAAUAUCAAAUAUUCCUUUUGAUUUUGCUUGUUGCUUUCAUUCCAAGAACCAUUUUGGGUCAUAAUGUUACAACGGGUAAAAUUGUGGUUGAUGGAACCACAAAAAUAGCUGAAACCGAUGAGAAUUUCAUUUGCUUCACUUUGGACAUUUGGCCUCAUGAUGAGUGUAGUCAACCCAACCUUUGUGUUUGGGAUAGCCAUGCAUCAGUGCUCAAUCUGGAUUUGUCUCUUCCUAUCCUCAAUAAAGCCGUUCAAGGAAAUGAAUUGGGUGGAGCAAACAGUAUUGGUGCAAGUGUUAGUGCUGCACAAUAUGCAAAAGACCUACUAAAGCUUCGAGAAAUGGUAGAUCGUUUGUAUGAGAAUUCCCAACAAAAACCUAUGAUUGUGGCACCUGGUGCAUUCUUUGAUGACAAAUGGUACCAUGAGCUUGUUACAAAAACUGGACCAAAUGUUGUUACUGCUCUCACUCAUCAUAUCUAUAACAUGGGUGCAGGUGAUGAUCCCAAAUUGAUAUAUAGGUUUGUGAAUCCAACAUACCUAAGUGAAGUAUCAAAGACAUUUAGACAACUGAAGAACAUAGUUGAAAAGCACGCACCUUGGUCUUCUGCUUGGGUUGGUGAAGCUGGUGGAGCCUAUCAUGGUGGAGCCUAUCGUAUUUCUGAUACUUUUAUCAAUAGUUUUUGGUACUUAGAUCAACUUGGGAUGGCCUCUUUGUACAAUACCAAAGUCUACUGUAGGCAAACUUUGGUCGGUGGAUUUUACAGUGUCCUCAAAGCUAAGACUUUUGUUCCUACACCUGAUUACUAUGGUGCACUUCUCUUCCACCGGCUUAUGGGUCCAGGUGUUCUCAAAGUUUAUAAUGAAGUCUCUCCUUAUCUCCGCACCUAUGCUCAUUGCUCAAGGGAAAAAUCUGGUGUAACCAUGCUUUUCAUCAAUUUGAGCAAUACAACAGAGUUUACAAUAAAUGUUGAAGACCCCAUGAACCUAAGUUUGCACAAAAGAGGCAAACCCAACUAUGAUUCAUCUUCAAAUGAUAACGUGGGAACAACAGAAAGGGAGGAAUAUCAUUUGACACCACAAAAUGGUCUUCUUAGAAGUUCCACUGUGCUUUUAAAUGGAAAAGCAUUGGAGCUUACAAAAGAAGGAGAAUUGCCAGAUCUGACACCAAUCUAUAGAGACAGUAAUUCUUCUAUAAAUAUUGCUACUUGGUCGAUUGCUUUCGUUGUCAUCCCUGACUUCGUGGCCAUUGGAUGCAACUAA